GGCCCAGCCGAGGGAGGGGUCGCGGAGGCGGCGGCGUCAGCGGCGGUCCGGACGGUGGGAGCCCAGGUACCGGAGCAACAUGGCGGUGCGAGUGCUGCACGCCUGCGGAGCGGCCUCGGCCGGCGGCCUCCUACAGCUUGCGGUCCCCUGCAGCCGCCUGCCUGGGCUCCGGAGGUUGACAUCUUCCAGUAACAGACUUCGAGAAGACAGCUGGUUGAAAUCCUUAUUUGUCCGGAAAGUUGAUCCAAGAAAAGAUGCUCACUCUAAUCUCCUAGCCAAAAAGGAAACAAGCAGUCUAUACAAAUUACAGUUUCACAAUGUUAAACCGGAAUGCCUAGACGCAUACAACAAAAUUUGUCAAGAGGUGUUGCUGAAGAUCCAUGAAGAUAAACAUUACCCUUGCACUUUGGUGGGGACUUGGAACACGUGGUAUGGCGAACAGGAUCAAGCUGUCCACCUCUGGAGGUAUGAAGGAGGCUAUCCCGCCCUCACAGAGGUCAUGAGUAAACUCAGAGAAAAUCAGGAAUUUUUGGAAUUCCGGAAGGCAAGAAGCAACAUGCUUCUCUCUAGGAAGAAUCAGCUGCUAUUAGAAUUCAGUUUCUGGAAUGAGCCUGUUCCACGGUCAGGACCUAAUAUAUAUGAACUCAGAUCUUACCAACUUCGACCUGGAACUAUGAUUGAAUGGGGCAACUACUGGGCUCGUGCAAUUCGCUUCAGACAGGACAGCAGUGAAGCUGUUGGCGGAUUCUUCUCUCAGAUUGGGCAGUUGUAUAUGGUGCAUCAUCUUUGGGCUUACAAGGACCUUCAGACAAGGGAAGACAUACGGAAUGCAGCAUGGCAUAAACACGGCUGGGAAGAGCUGGUGUAUUAUACAGUUCCACUUAUUCAGGAAAUGGAAUCCAGAAUCAUGAUCCCACUGAAGACCUCGCCCCUCCAGUAAAGCUGCCGACUUUAGAUGUGCCUACAUAGAUUUCUGUGACAAGUAUUUGUCAUGAAUUAAUUUUAAUUGUAUAUCAAGUGAAAAACGCUGAAAUGUAAACUGCUGUACAUAGCUUAUGAGAGACCUCUUUUCUUUAAAAUUUACAUAAUUCUAAGAAAGGAAACUGCUACAGUUUGACUGAUUGUAACAGUGCUCCGCAGUCCUCCUGGAAACCUCCCUGUGUUUGUCCAAUGUCCUUACAGUACUGACCCCCCUCCCAGCCUCCAGGGAAAGAGAGCCCGAACUAAAAUUCGAAUCAUCUCUAAAUAAGAAUCUAAUCAUGGAAAAAAGUCAUUUCUUUUAAAAAGGCAAAUCUGUCUUAUAACUACAGAUUUUUAGACAAAUUUCUUGUAUCAGGAAGCAACACAAAUUUUGUCAUGUUUCUCUGGCAGUGGUUUUGAGUCUCAGACUAGGGACAAAUUAUGAGGGAACCUAAUGCCUAAGUACAUUCUAAUGCACUCUCAUUUUCGGUCAUUGAGCGCAGUAAACGUGUCGUUGCUAAGCUGGUCGUGGCUGCCAAGGUGAUUUACUCAGUGAUUCGGUCCUCACAUGGGGUUGUUGCAGUAUCUCCAUGUGAGAGGGGGAGAUGGCUUGAACCUGUGUAUCAUAUGUGAUUUUAAAAUGAACACCUUAAAUAGCACUAAUUUUUAUUUGUAGUAUUUUUCUAUUACAAAACAAGCACUAGAAAAAGAGGUUUUAUUUUGUAAACAAUCAUUCACGAUCUCAGGCAUUCUCUAUUAAUAUUCUGGUAAGCGCACAGCAGAUACUUCCACGAUCGUGCAUGAGGGGUGUGUGUGUUGACAUUUAAAUUGGCAUAAAGCUGUAUACUUGUCUAGCUCUGUUUGAUUUCGUUUUUUAAUAUAGUGUGCCAGUUUUGUGAAUGUAACCAUGUAGAAGUCCUCUUGAAAUGAAAAAUUGUCUCACUCUCAAAUUAAAUAAUUUAUGUGUAACAAAGUGUGAAUAAAUCUCAUAUCAAAUUUCAAACUUUUACAUGUGAAUGGUUUUCUCUAAGAACCUAUGAAAGUCAAUAAAAUUCUCUGACUUUUCACAUA